AUGGAAAGCAAACUAAACGCGCAAAAGAAGGUAUUCUCGCUACCAUCCGUAGUGCAGCCAUCAGGAACUGGCCAGUCAGCCUCAUUCAGUGUCCCUCUUGACCCUCAAUUGCUAGACGACAUUGAACGUGAAGCUCACAAUAUCGCCGCUGAUUACGCGGAUAUGAUACAGAGGCUACAGAAUCGGAUUAUUAAUGCAUGUAUAUUUAUAUCUUUAUUGAUCCAAUGGACACGAGAAUCCGUAUCAGUCAACAAACUCGCUGUCAAUAAUCUAUGCGAUACGGUGGACACCGGUGUGAAGAGAGCUACGGAACUCAUCAACAGAACGGAGGAAUUGGAUUUUGCUACAAUCAAGGGGUUUAACGAGCAAGUUAAAUCUAUGAAGCUUAUGCUGGAUGCAAUGGAAGCCUCACUUGUUGGUCCAGACAAGUGA